UUGUGCAGACAUCAACAACUCUGGUUCCCGCGCAAAACCCAGGCAAAAAGUUGGAAUAAGUAAAAGGACAGCUGGACUAGUUGGGAAACAGAGAGGCGCUCUCUUCUUCUCCUUGGAACCUGGAACCGAACAGGAUCAGGAUAUCGCCUACCUGGAAACCCAGAGAGCGCUACGCACGCACACACUCGCUCUCUUCCCUGCACAUGCAUGCAGUUCGGCUGUCGUGGUGUGCGUUCAGGUAGCGUCCGUGUGAUUGGAAACCAUUGCUUCCCAUUGUUUUGCUUUUGCUUCCCGGGGAAUUGGAGGAAGAGAAAGGAAAGGAAGCGCAGGAAUUGGUGGAAACCCACCCCUGGAAUGCAACCGCUUUUCGCAUUCUGCCGCCAAUUUUCAUUUGAUGCAGAUCCUUUGAGGAUUCAACAUGGAUAACCAAUAUCAGCGCAUUGUCAAUGCAAAUCCUCGUGCGGAAUUCCCAAACCAAAUGAUCAAGCCAUUAUAUCUAAAUGCCUGGUCGCAGACUUGCAGCGAGGAUUUCGAGCUGCUCCGCAGCAUCAGCACUCCGGAUCCACAAGUAGAGGCUGAGAAUCGUGCCUUACGCGAUAAAGUUCGCUACCUGGAGGCCAAACUGCAGCAGCACACGGAUCUGUUGUCCCAAAUCCAUGCCACAUCCGCCAGAAUGCAGCAGGCAUCGUCCUUGCUGGCGGAAUCCACCGGACCACCCACACCGCCUACUUUGCAGACCCACCACCAGAUCCUCACGCCUCCCAGCUCGGUAAUCUGUGCCCCUGUGCAGAACGCCCAGAUCCUCGACUACAAGAUCAUCACGGCGCCCGACGAUGCGGAUGCCAUUGAGAUUCGCCUGGCGGCCGAGAGUCUCAACAGCCUGAGCACCUCGGCAGACUCCGAUCGCCUGGAGAUUUGCCUGGGCGAGGAGCAUCAGCAGCAGCAGCAGCAGCAGUCGAACCAUCAUCAGCAGUACAGGAUCAGUGGCAUCAAAAGGGAGGACGAUGAAGCAUCCGCCGGCACACCUUUGCAGUUCAUCAAACGCCGCAAGUUGCAGGAGAUUCAAUUGCCAGAGGAACUACCGCGGCAAAACAUCAAAAUGCCCCCCAAAUCGCAGGCUAAAAUCCGCAAUGGCAGUAGUCUCAACGAUCUCAGCAAGAGCAGCCAGCAAACGCAAAUGGACAACGUGAUGGUGUCCAUUGGUCCGAACAACACCUGUGUGCCGGCCAGUGUCUUCGAGAACAUCAACUGGUCGGUCUCCUCGUUGGCCACCAGAAAGCUCCUCGUCUCGAUUUUCGAUCGCGAAACCUUGGCCACCCAUUCGAUGACGGGGAAACCAUCGCCCGCCUUUAAGGAUCAGGACAAGCCACUUAAGCGCAUGCUCGAUCCGCAAAAGAUCCAGGACAUCAUCUUCGCGGUGACGCACAAGUGCAAUGCCAGCGAAAAGGAGGUGCGCAAUGCCAUCACCACCAAGUGCGCCGACGAGAACAAAAUGAUGAAGAUCCAGAACGUCAAGCGACGCAGCAGUGGCAUCAAACACGAGAAGGAGAACAUUAUCUAGAUUAUAGUAUUAUUAGAGUUACUUAUUAAUGUUUUAGACUAGCACCAAAAAAUGUGGAAGAUGCUAGCACACGCACUCUUACAAAUUUAUGAAAAAAUCCCCAUAGACUUAGCACUUAAUCCUACAUCGUACUUAUGUGUAGAAUACUUUUGAAGAUCUCGAAGAUGAUUUUUCCAAUCCGAACCAAGAAA